AUGAGGUCGCUCAAAUACCUGGCAGUAGCACUGCCGCUCCACUUCCUUGCUGCCUCCGCCGGUGCUCCCGAAGAAGAUGUCAUUGAGAGGCAUGUCGUGACGAGGACCAUCACGGUUUGUCCGUUGACAGCGCUGUUCACUUGCGAGGCCGACCGCCUUCCGACCAGCACCGCCACCAACGGCAACGGUAACGGCUGGGGCUCUGGAUCUACAACGACUGUCAGCGGCCACGCUGGAACCACGACCUCGGCAGGACAUGGCUGGGGUGGUAGCAGCAGCAGCAGUGUAACCGGUACAGCUACAGGAACAUCUACGCAAACAGGCACAACCAGCGGCCACGGCAGCGGUUGGGGCAGCGAAUCCUCGACGGCGACCACCACCGCAAGUGCAAGCUGGCAUUAUGGCAAUGGAACUAGUACCUCUUCUGGCAGCGGCUGGGGUACUGGUACAACUAGCACCAUCACCACCUCUUUCUCCUCGAGCACCAGCACGACCAGCGGAGCUGGCAAUGCCACCACAACCACGACUUCAUCGACCAGCACCAGCUGUGGCAACUCGACCCACGCUGCAACUGGCAUCCCUCAACCUCGAUGCAACGACGCCAACAGCCGCAGCAAGUGGUUGUGUGGAGGCAAGUCGAUCGACGACGACACGCACAAUCUCUUCUACUCUGGCGAAAGGAAAAAAUACACCUUGACAAUCACAUCCCAAGACAUUGACUUUGACGGCACUCCCAGACCUGCCUUUGCCAUCAACGGUCAGACACCCGGCGAGCCCAUCGUGGCCAACUGGGGAGACAUUGUCGAGGUGACGGUCAUCAAUGGCCUGAAAGACAACGCCACCACCAUCCAUUGGCACGGCAUUCGUCAAUAUGGCACAAACGAUCAAGACGGUGUUCCUGGUGUUACCGAAUGCGGUAUUGCCCCUGGUUCUUCCCGCGUCUACACGUGGCAUGCUGCUACCUACGGUACUGGCUGGUACCACUCUCACGCCUUGGCUCAAUAUGGUGGCGGUAUCCGCGGACCGAUCAUUAUCCAUGGCCCUGCCACCGCCGACUACGAUCUGGACAUGGGCUCUGUUAUGAUCGACGAGGCCUUUGAUAAGACAAUCUUCCAAAUGGCUUGGAACAUCGCACGAACCCGAGGAGCUCUGCCGCCAGCGACCAAUUACUUGCUCAACGGCAAGAACAAGUCUCCGGACGGCACAACGGGUGAGAGCGCGAAAUGGAUCGUCAAGAAGGGCAAGAAGCAUCUCUUCCGCAUCAUCAACAGCUCGGCUCAAUCCGCCUAUGCCGUGCACUUUGACAACCACAAGAUGAAAGUCAUCAGCGCCGACUUCACUCCCAUUGUGCCCUAUGAGACCGACGUGCUGUACAUCCAAAGCGGGCAACGGUACAACGUCAUUGUCGAGAUGGACCAGCCCGAAGGAGCAUACUACCUCCGCGCCGUCACCCAGACCGGAUGCGGCGUCACAUCCGCCAACGACGGACUCGGCACAUCCAACGGCAUAUUCACAUACGAAGGCUCAUGCGCCACCCCGACCCAGGGCAACUUCACCAUUACCACGGCCGGCGACUGCAAGGACGAACCACUUGCAAGUCUCGUUCCACACGUCAAAAAGAACGCCGGAUCGACCAGUACCUUCCAGGAAACCGUCAAGCUUCUCCCCGGCGGCAACGCAGGCAGCCAGAACUUUGAAGGCUACGGCCCCGUGGUCAGAUGGUAUCUUGGCCCUAUUGGUGAUCUUUCAUCCAACAGCGGAGUCCCCAGUGCCAGCAAGGGCAUCAACGUGACGUACCAGGAACCGACACUCAAAACGCUCGCGACACUGCCGAACCUGUCCUACAACAGCUCCUUGUACUCGAAUGCCGCGGUCCUCGACGGCCCUGCCGGCCAAUGGGUCUACUUUGUGAUCCAGAACAAUUUCCAGACCUCGCACCCAAUGCAUCUUCACGGCCAUGAUUUCUCUGUUCUCGGUCAGGGUCGCGGCGUGUUUACGGCCGAUAUGGUCAGUCAAUUGCACUUUGACAACCCGAUCCGUCGAGAUACGGUCUUGUUAUUCGGGAUCGGCAACCCCGUUGCUUUUACGUCUGGAUGGACCGUUAUUGGUUUCCAGACUGAUAACCCUGGCGCUUGGGUCAUGCAUUGCCAUAUCAUCUGGCAUGCCGAUGGCGGUAUGGGUCUGCAAUUCCUUGAAAGACCUUCGGACAUCAAUGCCGCGAAGUAUUACAAUACCCGCGCUUUCCAGGAUGAGUGUUCUACCCUCAAGGCUUACGAGGCUGUCGGCGAUCGCUAUAAGAGCCCCUAUGAGGCUGGUAUUAAGCGCAGACACUUGAGUGAGCGCAAACGGUUCCAUGGUGGUCGUGUCCUGGGUGAUUCUGUUCGACGGUACUGA